AUGGCACACAAAGGAGAACUUCCUCUCUACCAGAGACUCAUCACCGGACACAAUCAAGAAGGAAAAGCUGUCUUUGAGAAGAUAGAUGAGACUGGUCCAUGGGAUGGCAGCAUCAACGGCGGCACUGUUGGCUUCUCUCUCGGCUACACAACCUCGACCACGCCUGUAGAUAUGACCGACGACAAGGAUAUUGCACAGUACAAGGAGUACUUGGUUUCACCACCCGGUCUCGUGAACAAGCAAGGAUCAGUCCUUCGUUUUGUGGAUUGCCCUCCUGGAUCUACUUCGCCCAUGCACCGCACAGUCUCGCUCGACUACGGAGUCGUGCUUAUCGGAGAGAUGGAGUUGGUUCUCGACAGUGGUGAGACCAGAGUCAUGAAGGUUGGAGAUGUUGCAGUGCAGAGAGGAACAAACCACGCCUGGAGAAACACAAGCAAAACUGAGUGGGCUCGUAUGAUGUACGUCCUCCAGCCAUCGCUUCCCAUCUCGAUCAAUGGAAAGCCCUUGGACGAGGACCUGGGUCCCAUGGAGGGCGUUCGUAGCUCGUCCUAG